AUGAAGAAAACAAAGUUUAUUGGUGUUUUGAUUUUCUUUUUCAUUUAUGGUCAGUAUGAUGUCUCCAGCAAAGAUAUCCUUAACACUUUCCGGAUAAAUUCAAUGCUGCAUGGAGUAUUGGACAAUUCCAUAAACCCAAAUGAUACAGUAUCCGAUUUAAGCUUGCAAAAUCCUGAUGAUUUCUUGAAUAUAACUGAAUUAAUAAAGAAAUAUAACUAUCCAGCCGAGGAAUAUACAUUGUUGACCAAGGAUGGAUAUAAACUGAAGGUUUUUAGGAUACCUGCGGAUGGCCCGGUAGUUUUUCUCAUGCAUGGACUCAUUUGUAGUUCAGAUGAUUUCAUAACGCCUGGUGUCAAAGCUGGCUUAGCCUUUCUACUAGCCCAGAAAGGUUAUGAUGUCUGGAUGGGUAACGCUAGAGGAAAUAAACACUCGAGGGAUAAUAUUUAUGUUAAACCAUCAGAAAAGGAAUUCUGGAACUUCAGCUUCCAUGAAAUGGGAAUCAUAGAUCUUCCCGCUAUGGUCGAUUUUGUUCUGGACAAAACCGGUAAAGAUAAAUUAAUAUACGUUGGCCACUCGCAAGGAACCACUAUUUUCUACAUCAUGUGCUCGUUGCUGCCUGAGUACAAUGAAAAAAUAAGUGUCAUGGUGUCUCUAUCUGCUGUUGCAUUUAUGUCCCACAUCAGAUCUCCGCUGCGAUACAUAGCGCCGUUCAAUGAAGAAUUGCUAGCGAUUUUCUACAGUUUAGGCGUUUAUGAGUUAUUAUCGGAAACGCCGACGAUCCAAGCAUUCCAAAAUACCUUCUGUAACACAAACCCUCGUGCGUUUACUUUCUGUGAGAAAAUUAUCUUUUUCCUUGGUGGCUUCAACUAUGAGCAAACGAAUUUUGAACAUUUAACAGUUGUGUUUCAUCACUUUCCUGCUGGAUCAUCUGCCAAACAACUAGUCCAUUUCGCUCAAUUGAUAUUAUCGGGUUACUUUCGUCAGUACGACUACGGACCGAAGAAUUACGAAAAAUACGGUUCUAUAAUACCUCCGUCCUAUCCUGUCGGAAAGAUAACGGCGCCUGUUGCUGUCUUCUAUGGGAUUGGAGAUUGGCUUUCAGAGUCAGUCGAUGUCAAAAAGUUAACAUCUAAGCUACCUAAUUUGAUAGAGCUCUAUACAGUUGAAAACGAAAAUUGGAGUCACUUUGACUUCGUGUAUGCUAGAGAUAUAAAAACUCUCAUUCUUCCGAAACUGUUGUCGUUAAUAGAAAAAUACGUUUAG